GCGGCCCGCAUCUGCGGCAGCACUGUCCGGCUAAUUGACGAGGUGCUGGCAAAGCGGAGCAAGGCCGUGACUGACAACAGCUUUCACGAGUCCAAUGGAGUCAUUUACGUUAGCCGCCUCGUCGAGGCAUCCUACAUGAACGACGCUAUUGCACUCAAAACCUCUACGCCGACCCCUCACAAUGGUGAUUUCGGGGCGGACACGAAGAGAGCGCUCAAGCUGGUCAUCGGCGGCCCCGGCCUACUAGACACCCUCCAGUUCAUUGAAGAUCCGGGCUACGAUGCGCCGCUCGUCGAUGGCGAUGUCGAGUUCAAAGUGCAUGCUGCCGGCCUCAACUUCCUCGACGUCAUGAUCGCGCUCGGGCAGAUGAUUGGCAACAACCUCGGCGUCAAGGGCGCAGGCGUCGUCACUCGGGUCGCGCCUGGGUGCACCAGAUUUGAGGUUGGCGACCACGCGUGCGGCAUCGCGGCAGGGACGCUCAACGCAUUUGCUUGUGCGAAGGAGACGUCCCUCGCCAAGAUCCCGGCGACUCUUAGCUUUGCUGGUGCAACAGGGUUCACGGUCGUGUUCGUCACAGCGUACGCUGCGCUUUACGACAUCGCAGACAUCCAGCCGGGCGAGUCGGUGCUCAUCCACGCGGCGGCGGGCGGUGUUGGACAGGCGUGCAUCCAGCUUGCUCAGGUCAGGGGCGCGGAGAUAUACGCAACCGUAGGUUCGGUUGAGAAGCGCGAUCUGCUCAUGAAGACAUACGGCAUCGUGAAAGACCAUAUCUUUAGCAGUCGUGAUCUCACCUUCGCGCAGGGGAUCAAGCGCAGGACGAAGGGCCGCGGCGUCGAUGUAGCUGUCAACUCCCUGAGUGGCGAUGCGUUGCGGGCGACGUGGGAUUGCAUUGCGCCAUAUGGGCGGUUUGUGGAGGUCGGUAAGAUUGACAUUUACUCCUCCGCGCGGCUGAACAUGGAGAAAUUCAAGAAAAAUGUCAGCUUUGAGUUUGUAGAUAUCAGUUUCAUCGCUUCGAAUAACGGGCCAAGUUUCUCGGGUAUUUUGGGAAGCUUGAUGGAGCUGGUGAGAAAUAGCCACAUCGGGCCGUUGAACCCGACGCGGUCGUUCCCAUUCUCGCAGAUUCAGGCUUCGUUUCGGCAUACUACGUAUGCAGAGUGGUGUGCACUCCGGCAAGAUUAUACUCGAGCCGCAUGAGCAAGACGUUGUCCCGGUAGGCUCCCCCGCUCCC